CAGGUUGAAAACAUUUGACGUUCUCUAAAGCGUCGAGUGGUGGCGCGUAAACUGCGUUUUCCCCCCCAAAUGCCCUGUCUCAGCCCACAUCAGUGUGCCAUGUUUGAUCAGCCUAUAGAAUCGCCACUGUUUGAUUGCAUCUAGAUCCCGGAGAGUGGAGCGUUAUCACCACCACGGUCGACUCCAACUGGAAGCUUCUCUAGGCUGCACACAGAAAACCCCCCUUGUAGCUCCCUUCGCCAGGUCUCCCCGGAAUCCGUGUUUUGCAUCGCUCCUCAAUUUGCAUUUCUCCCUCAGAUUUUCCGUGCGACGGGUUCAGCCGCUCGAAACCAGCAGGCGCUCCACGACUCUGUUGUACGUGCGCCUCCAUUUCCAGAGCAAUACGCACGGAGACAGAAGAAACCCUCUGGAUAUUUUUUUAAAAAAAAGAUAAUGUUGCCGAGGCUACACGAGCGAAGAAACUGAGGACAUUUUGAUUUAGUUUUUAUUUCUGUUGCGUAUACCUACGGAGACAGACACGUGUCUUCGGGGUAAACAGAAAGGGCUAGAUCGUGUCAGCGGAUAGCAUUGUGUUAUUUUUUUGUCUCCCCUCCUCUUUUGUUUGUUAUAGACGGCCGAGUUCAAGCUUGGCGACUUGCUCUACAUUUCACUUCGUGCGCUUUAGUGAUAAAGACGCAUUUUGGAGAUGUCGGAAGUGCUACCUUUCAACGAAGAAAAAAUGAGUCAUUAUGGAAAUGAGGGCGACGAGGGACACCUUUCCUUUACCUGUCGUCUUCAAGACACCAACAACUUCUUCAAUGGCUCGCAGAAUAAACGUCCGCCCAAACUCGGGCAGAUAGGCAGGAGCAAACGGGUUGUGAUUGAGGAUGAGAAUGGCGACGACGAAGCACUGAAAAAUGGGACAGAGAAGACCCCAGCCGAGGCUUAGAGGGUUUGGCUCUCAGACGACCCCCCAAAAAGACUGUCUUGAAAUUUUGUAUGGCGAUAUUUACCAGUUUUAAUCCAAAGACACUGUAUAUAAGCACUUUCUCUCAUGUGGCAGCAAGCAGCACUUCCACGCCCUCCUCUCCCAGUCAGUCAUGGCCAUCCGGGUGACACACACUGGCAGGGGCGGGAGAUGGCAGCAAGAGGAGACCCCCCAGGUGGACCCCCUCCCACACACACACACACACAUAUACACACAUAUACAGACACACUCACGCAAACACAACUCUGAUUCCAGGGUAUUUCGCCAUAUAUCCAAACGCAAGAGACGAUGGGGGGGGGGGGCAAGGUGGAGAAAGGAGGAGUGGAUGCUGUCGAAAUGCAGAAAUCAGGGACAGGAAACAGAAAUAAAUCUGAUAUAAAACUAAAGCACAUACUUCUCUCUCCUAUAUCUUAUCAAUCAAAACCUAUGGUACCAUUCUUUCUGCUCUUCAUUUUGAUGGAGGGCAAAUUAAUAUCAGAGUUUGUAAAUAUGGAAAAGGUAGCCCAUAUUUUCUUGCACAAAGUGGGAGGCUGUAAAUUGUUCUUUCUCUGUGUUGAUGACUUUAUUUAUUGAUCUUUUGGAACAUGUUCUCUGCUGUGACUAAAGGCCCGAGGGAGUGUUUUGUUUUUUUAUGUUGGAGAAAAAGGGGAGUGAAUGAGAGUGACAUUAUUUUUCUCUUAACGAUUCGCGAUGUUGCCUGAGUGUUUUUUUGUUACCAUACUUUGCAGCUAACAAGUCAUUUAUAUACCGUGUACCUCCUCCCACCUGUUUGUAAGCUUCCCAGGCUUUCACCUGGAUUGGUUGAUACUGUAACCUGACUGUACACACCCUCUUGAUAAACUAUUUAUAUUGCAUUGUGCAUUAUCGUGUGUGCCAAAUCUCGUGAGGGGAUAAACUGUAACCGGACAAAUUGUUCUUUUUAUUUUGUGCUUUCUACAUUUCCUCUUACGAUUCAGUCGUUUUGUUGGGUUGCCAAUUUUUAGGGCUCUUUCUUAAAAACACUGAAUACCAACUCAUGCAUGGCAAAAAUAUUGAAAUCAUGCAUGCACGGCAGAAGUUCUGAAACUCUUGUGUAUUCUUGAAGCACCUCGUAUACAGCUUUGAAUGACGAACCUCAAGAAAACAGUCUUAACUCUGCAUUGUACUGUACGAUUCACACUGAUUUGUACAGUGGUCUAAUAUCUUGUAAUAAAGAUUAUGACAAAGUACUAUUUACUGUUUAGUAUUGAUUGUGGUUUACAGUUUAAGGAAUGCCGUACCUGAUGUUGCUUUUUUUUGUUUGUAAAUUGUUUAAAACUGUAGCAAAAACACAGAAGUAUAGUUUUGUAUAAGAUAGAUCAUGAAAAAUGGCGUAAAACAGGCUGACUUUUGGAUAUUGUUCCUUGUACAGUUUUUCUCCUGUUAUUGGAUUAAUUAUCUGGGCUGCCAAGGAAGAGGAAAAGUAGCAUCGCGUUCCUUGGAAAGAUCAGAAAAUGGAAGGAGAUAAAAACGAGGGGAAAAAGAAGACGAGCAAAUAAUCCUUUCAAGAAUCGGAAAUCCACAUUUUGUCCUGAGAGGAUCGGGCAACCGCACAACAGACUACAAUCUUGUGAAGUGCUACAGUAUUGCAAAUGAUUCUGUGGGGCGAAAAAUGUACACCACUGCUUCCAAAUGCAAUAAAUGUCUGUUUGCAUCUAAAGAAA